UUUAAAAGGGACUUAGAAAAAUUUCGAACUGUAAAGUGACCUUUAGGACAACUGAAUAAACCAUACGAUAACGUGUGUGUGAGAACAAUUGGCAGGAGCGUCAAAGUUAUCCGAUCAACAUGGACAAAGACAAUGUGGAACCGACAUCUAACAGCAGCCAGGGAAGCAGGAGCUCCCGCGGAUCACAGCAAGGCGCAGUCGAUCCGUAUAAGAAGGAAUACAAGUCGCUCGCGCGUCCAGUCGGACACGAUAGACAGACCCGAGCGGCUGUGACCUUUGCAAGAAAGGACAGCAAAGGCAGUGACAGUACAUACCAAGUGGCGCUCGGAGCUAUACAGAACGAAGAGAGCUCCAGCGGUGACGGAAAGCAAACUCCCGCGUCUGCGGCGGGAGGCAAACCGAUGAACCAGAAAAAGGUCACUGGUGAGGAUGGAACCACAAAAAUGGAAGCGGAGGCAGUUGGGGCAUCACAGUUGGAUGCUACCAUUGUCAGAACAGAAGAGCAGGAUAAAAACGCAAACCCGGCUCAAGUGGAAAUGGAAAAGACAAAGGUUACCGAAGAGGAAUUGGCUGAGCUCGGAUUGAGUGACCUUUCGCUGAAUGACAAAGCGGCAGACGAUGACCUUUGGGCAACUCCAAUGGUCUCAGAUGAGUCCAAUGAAUCAUAUUUCACGGACGAUGAAACGACUAUGAAUAUGUCAUUCCAAUCCGCAAUGAGACAAGCUGACCGUGCUGAAGGGAUGACACCUUUCAAAGAGAUACCGGAGCACCUUAUUGAACGGACAACAACAGGAAAGGUCAUCAACGUACGACCACCGUCACCUAACAGUCUCACGUCAACUCUGAAGAGACGCGUGAAGGAGUUGGAAGAAGAACUUGAAACCAAGGAAAGCCUGGUGGCGAAGAAGAAACAGGAAUAUCAAAAUCGGAUAGGAUCUCUGGAUGCUCGUAUCUAUGAACUGGAGCAACAACAAGCUGACUUGGAAAGCACAGCGGACGAAUGGAAGAUUAAAUACGAGCGUCAAAAAGAGCUUGCUGAGGAGUACCUGAAAAUGGUAGAUGACAGAGAAAUGGAAGGUCAUCUCGCAGUCAGUGACCUUAACGAGAGCAUGUCAGAGGAGUCAGCCGAAAGGUCACGGCACUUGGCGGAAUUGAAGGACGAGUGUGACAAAUUGCGUCAAAAGGUCACCGAAGCCGAAACUAAACGGGACGAAUACGCCGCCAACCUAGCAGAGGCUACACAACGAUUGACAAAGUUGGCGACGGAAACGUUUAAGCUCAGGAAUGACCUGAAGCUGCGGGAGGAAGAUGUCAGCACCCUGCAACACGAGUCGAAAGGUCACCAGAAACGGGCAGACGAAGCUGAAAAGUUACGCAACGACGCAAUCAAAGAGAUGCGCGAGGCAAGAGACAUUACAGCCACUGAAGGGGGACGCCUGAAAGAAGAAAUCGAAAAGGUCAACCGGGAGAAUGAAAAGGUCAUGGUAGACAUUGAAAAGGUCACCAAGGAGGGACUUAAAUGGCAGAAGGAAGCACGUCGAAUGGAUACAAUGGUUACAGCAUUGGAGCGGAAGGAUAAAGUGUGGCAGCAACAAGUUGCAGAAAAGAGCCAGGAAGUUACGAGGCUAAAUAGCGAACUACUCGAAAUGACUACCACAGCACUGGCAAAGGAUGAUGAGUUGAUCGCGAUCAAGAAUCAGCUGAGAGCAGCCGCUGGACAAUAUAAGCAACUUGAAAAAGAAACAACCGAGCUGGUCGAGCACAUCAAAAAGAUGGAACAGGAUAACGAAAAGGUCACGCAGCAAGAGACGUUUAAGCUGCACGAACGCCUACGAAAGGUCAACUUGGAAAAUUCCGAUUUGAAGAGGCAAAGAGAGGAACUUCAGCUGCGAACUAAACGCCUUGAGGACGAGAAUAAAGUCCUCCAGAUGUCAAACAAACAUAAGGAUGAACAACUCGUUCAACAUGGAGUCAAGGCAGCAACAGUGGAGUCUCCCCCGCCCAGUUACAGUAAAGCACAUGAAACGGGCACGGGUAAAAGCUUCCACUUCGAGAUGCCACUGCGAACCGGUACGGGCACCGGAAGUGUCAAAACGAAAAGGAUAGUGAAAAGGUCAAAGAUGACAAAGAGCCACCAUCAGGAGGCUAUCCGCACAUGA